GUGAGCGUAGAAAGACACACUACGGAAUACGGGUUUACAUAGUCUCUCCAGCCGCGUUUGACUAAGUUGCUUUUUCUUCUUUGAUAUCGCGUUUCAUCGAAUCGGAUAUUUUUGCUUUUUUUUUUAUUUUUAUUUUUCUUCAUCGUACGACAUGACGGACAUUGGUGAAAUUUAAACUGAUUAUUAAAUGUGAAGUUUUAAUAUAAAUAGUUUUUCAUUUCUUGUUUUUGUUUGUGACUGUGAGAAAGAUAAAACAAAAGUAAAUAUCUAAAGACAAACGUAAAAUAAUGUGUAAAAGUGUUAUUUUGUCUAUCAAUCUCCUUCGAGGAGAUUAGAAUUUAAAAUGGAAGAAAUAUAUCGUCAUAAAAUUCCGACGAUUUAAUCGAAAUUAUUUCGAUAGAAGUGUUGCGUAAAAUUAUUAAUCAAAUUGUUCUUCUUAAGACAGGACGCGUUGUUCUAAUUUUAACGUUGAUUUCUGUAUAAACAGAUAUUAUUAUUAUUGUUAGAGAUCGAACGUUAUAAUCGAAGAAUAUAAACUCGAUUAGAUAUAAAUAAACUGAUAUGAUAAGCCGGCGGGCUCGAAACGCAUUGAAAUGUUAAAGUUAAAUAAGUGUUAAGUUCCAUGAUGAUGAAUACUUUUCUCGAUGGCGUAUCUCCGCAUUCUCACCACCUAGCGACCCUGGGCAUCAGAUUGUCUCCAAGCGGAGGAGAUGGCAACAUGGGGGGUGGUGGUUCGACGGGUGACGGCAAUGCUGGUGGUGUCCAACCGACGGUCGGCGAAGCACCGUCCCAACAACAUCACCAUUUCCAUCCUCAGGGUUAUCCUCCCCAUCAUCCUGCUCCUCACAUGGCACCUCAUAUGGGCCACCACAUGGGUCAUCACGCAGGUCAUUACACUGCUCGUGAUUUUUUGCUACGCCGCGAACACGAGUACAAUGCGACGGCUAAUCCGUCUACAUCGGAAAGUGGUUUAAGUAUAUUCCCUCCGUUGCAUCAUGAUGGCACUGCUGCUGCCUCGAUGCAGCAAUUUCCUCAUCACCCGAGUCAACAUCCCUUAGCAGGACACUAUACUGGACAUUAUCCUCAAGAUACCCGGUUAUCUACACAUCAUCAAUAUUUAGGUUCCCCGCAUUUGACGCAGGCUUCUAUACACCAUCAACAGCACCCCCCCACUGUUACUCAUACAACACAUCAUCCCCAUGCUUUCCUUAGAUACGUGAGGAACAACGGUGUAGGCCAUGGUAGUGGCCCAGCUCCUGGUUUAAUACAAACCGGUGGACAACACCAAGAAUUCUCUUGUUUGUGGGUAGACCACGAUUCAUCAUCUAGUACGGGAAAAAGACUUUGCCGUAAAGUUUUUUCCAAUUUAUCCGAUAUAGUCACGCAUUUAGCCAUUGAUCAUGUUGGAGGACCUGAGGUUACAACGCACGCGUGCUAUUGGCAAGGAUGUGGACGCAACGGCAGGGCAUUCAAAGCCAAAUACAAGCUCGUCAAUCAUAUAAGAGUACAUACUGGAGAAAAACCCUUCCCUUGUCCUUUCCCCUCGUGCGGGAAAGUCUUCGCAAGAUCGGAAAAUCUUAAGAUACACAAGAGAACUCAUACAGGCGAGAAACCAUUCAAAUGCGAAUUUUCUGGAUGCGAAAGGCGAUUCGCUAACAGCAGUGAUCGCAAGAAACAUAGUCACGUUCAUACUUCGGAUAAACCUUACAAUUGUCGAGUUGCAGGAUGCGACAAAUCCUACACUCAUCCAAGUUCGUUGCGUAAACAUAUGAAGGUGCACGGUAUGACGAUGGGGGAAGGUAAGACGGGUGGAGAAUACGAAAGCGAGGGUGAAGAAAGUAGCAGCAGCGGGGGUAGUUUGUCGGUGACCGGUAAUACAGAAUCACCCCAACCAACACCGGUUGUCCCGACGACGACGACGUCUAACAACCCGUCUACGAGUCACCCUGUAACUCGUGGAACCGAGUUGACGGAGUGGUACGUUUGCCAACCGCCAACCGUGGCUCCUCAACAUAGUCCAUUACCAGGACCUCCGCCUCCUCAUCAUCUAGGCCAUCAUCACUUUAAUCCUCUGAUGCAUCAUCAAGCGACCGCCUACUAAAAACAACAACAAACAACAAUGUUCAUUUUUUAUUUUCAUUUCAUUUUUAUC